AUGCCCCAGAGUAGUCCGCAGUCCAAGUCGGUCGACGGUGUCGUCAAGCAUCGUGCGUGUGAUGAGUGUCGCUCGCGGAAACUUGCCUGCACCAAAGAGCCUGACGGCUGCUCGCGCUGUAAGAGAGAGGGCUUGAGAUGCGUCUACUCGCCCCAGAAGCAAAUGGGCCGGCCACGGAAGCGCAGACAUGUCGAAGAGUCGGAAAGAUCGCCCUCUUCCGACAAGCCUCAGAGACCAGAUGAGCAGCCGCAGGUGCCGCUCUUCACGCAACCAACCUUAGACACCGAUUUCUCAGCCUUCUUCACCCAGGACUAUUACUCCAACUUUGACUAUCUUGACCUACUCUCUCCUUUGGAAGGCCCGCCGCCGUCCACGCUGCCGCCUGAGUUAUCGAGUCUCAGCAUGGCCCAUGCCGAGCCACGGUAUCCCGCGGAAGACUUCCAGUUGGGUGUCGGUGGUGUUGACCUGUUAGGUGGCAUCAACUUUAGCGAAAGUGACUCUGCUGACGAGGGCUUGCCUCAAGAUAUCAACAAAAGCUUUACUAGCCUAUCCUCAGAGCAGGUGCCCGGGAGGACAGGGUCAGGCGUCUCCCCUCCUACAUCAUCAGAGACAUCCCGCACGCUCAGCACAAGCGACCCCAAGUCUCCCUCUAGCUGCAUCAACGACGCCAAAGGCAUCAAUCCAGAGUCAGAAGCCGCUGUCAAAGCGUACAGCAACGCCUCGUGUCCCUGCCUUUCUCAGAUGUUUCUUUCUCUGGACGCCUUAUCGAGACUACCGGGUGAUGUCAAGAUCGCCAGGGGCAUCGCUAGGUCAGCAGCUCGGGUAGCCCGCAAUGUUAUCCGCUGUCCGGCAUGCAGCCUUACAGACUUUACGAAGCCGCCGCCGAUACAAGCGUUCCAGAAUAUGAUGAUGCUGAGCGCUAUUUUCUCAUCGACCACUAACGCAUACGCCAAAAUCCUCGAGCUCAUCGAUAACGAAACCGCCCGGGCCAUUAAAGAGGCUCGAAACAUUACCUUCUCUUUCAACGAGUAUGGCGGACUCUGGGGCGAGAUGCGCUGCAGUGCACCUCGGAUGGUUGAGGGCCGAGAAAUGGACCCGGCCACCUGGAGGGUUUCUACCAGGGCACUUUUGAGGAUUGACAUUUACGGAUACGAUUUUGAGAGAAAGGACGGGGCGGGCUCUACUGAGCCGUAUCAUUACCUCGGUCUCAGGGACAUCAUCAAACAAAUGGAAGACAGGUCGAACAGACGACACGACCAGCUUCACGCCAUGGUUGCAGCCGGGCUUCCUCACCCGAUGCUGCACACAUGCCAGACCUUGAUGGUUCCGGAGGGGAAAGAUGGCAGUAGAGAGAACCGGCACUGCUUGAAAAUCAUAGACAUGGCGCGGAUUGCUUUGGAUAAGUUGGUGAUUUCCUGA